AUGACGGCCUGGGCUUCUAACCUCCGCCCUCAGGUCACUACAUCUUGUCUCGUUCUUGGGGCAGUGGGUGUAUCCCUGGGGUUGAGUGUCCGCAUGCUGAUGAGCCAAAACUCGACCAAGAAGCCAAUAAUAAUCCCAUCACCAAGAGCCACCCACCUCCCACAGUUGCCCAAAGAAGAAACCUCCUCACUUCCAUACCCCCCAGAUGCUCUACCAGGUGCAAGGGACGUUGAGACCCCAUAUGGAAUCAUCAAGGUGUUCGAAUGGGGGCCUGAAGACGGCGAGAAGGUUCUUCUAUUACACGGCAUCAGCACACCAUGUUUGAGCUUGGGAAUCCUUGGAGAGGCGCUCGUGGAAAAAGGUUACAGAGUCAUGCUGUUUGACUUUUUCGGGCGCGGUUAUUCCGAUACUCCAACAGACAUCCCCUUUGACAUCCGGCUUUACUCGACUCAGAUCUUCCUGGCUUUGGCAUCUUCAAAACUGCCCUGGACCGGCGACAAUGGAUUCCACAUGAUUGGUUAUUCCCUAGGCGGAGGCAUCGCCGUCUCGUUCGCCAGAUACUACUCGCACAUGAUCCGGUCCUUGGUACUCGUGGCAAGCGCAGGACUGAUCCGGUCUGAACACGUGAGCCGAAGGAGCAGGAUCCUUUACUCCGAAGGCCUGCUUCCCGAGAGGCUGCUCCGGUGGCUCAUACGCCGACGGAUCACUCCCCAGCCAGCGACAACGACAUCUGAAGCCAAACUGGCCAGCGAAGUCGUGGCCGCCACCAGCAACAGCGAACAGUCCACCCAGAAGCAUCACAAAAACAGCGACGCCAGCGGCGGGGACUCAUUUGACAACGCGGUUCUCUCGCCGCACAGGCCCAAUAGCACAGUUUCCUCGGUGAUGGCCUGGCAGGUCCAGCACCAGCAGGGAUUCCUCACGGCUUUUAUGAGCAGCAUUCGGCAUGCGCCCAUUUACGAACAGCGGGAUGACUGGCUAAAGCUCGGUCAGCUUUUGGCUGCUAGGCGAAAGACUUCUUCUCCUGGUGCCGAUGAGGGAGCCGGGGCAGAACCGUUGCCGGGACUUUUGGGUGGAAAAGUCUUGCUGAUUCUUGGCUCAACGGAUCCGGUCAUUGUCAAGGAGGAACUGAUACACGACGCCACGUCAGUGUUGGGAGAAGAUGGAUUUAAGGCUGUUGUAAUGGAUGGUGGUCAUGAGAUCGUUAUGACGAAGGGAAAAGAGGUGGCGGGCUUGGCGGCAGGUUUUUGGUUAUCGAGUUAGAUAACUUGGGCGCAAGGGAACUACCAUUGUAUAUGAUGAUAUGAUACGUAGGAUAUAUGACAUGCUGGAUGUGAUUGCAGAUUGUAAGAAUUAUAAGUUGUCGUGUUU